AUGGCGGCAUCAAGAGGUGAAUACCAAGUGUUUUUGAAUUUCAGAGGACCCGAUACACGAUAUGGGUUCGCGGACUUCCUCUACCAUGACUUGGUAGACGCCGGAGUCCAUGUUUUUAGAGACUACGAAGAACUCCGAGUUGGGGAUGUUAUUGGCGGAGAGCUUUUACGAGCUAUCGACAACUCAAUACUUUACAUACCCAUUUUUUCCCGAGCUUAUGCUUCAAGUAAGUGGUGCCUCCGUGAGAUUGCGCACAUAGUAGACAGCGUGUCUAAGUCAGAUGAGAAGUUUCCGAAGGAAGUCGAGGCAUGGAGAAAGGCUCUUGCAGAAGUAGGUAAAAUCAAGGGAUGGAACGUGGAAAAGGACCAAAGCCAAGCAGAAAUUGUCAAAUUGGUUGUUAAAAAUAUUUUGGAGAAGUUGGAGAUAAAACAAAAAUCAGUGACCGAACAUUUAGUUGGACUUGUUGAUCAAGAAAGAGACUUGGCAGAGUUAUUAGAUGUCAAAAAUCCUGAUGUUCGGCUCAUUGGAAUUUACGGAAUGGGUGGUAUUGGAAAAACAACUUUUGCCAAAUACAUUUUUAAUAAAAUAUAUUCCCACUUUGGAAGGUGUUGUAGCUUCCUUGAGAAUGUUCAAGAAAUCUUGUUGGCUAAGGAUGGCAUGGACCGAUUGCUAAAGAAAGUACUAUCUGACAUUGGUGGUUCUGGAUAUGUAGAGAAAGUUGAGGACAAAGAAAAAAGAAUGCAGAGACUUCGAGAAAUACUCUGCACUAAUAAGGUCCUUGUGGUUCUGGAUGAUGUUAACAAUAAAUGGCUCAUUAAAGAACUAACAGAAAAUUAUUCAUUACAUUCAGGAACUAGGAUAAUCAUUACCACAAGAGACACAACUAUUUUGCAAGUUGAUGAAUUUAAAGGUAGAAUUCUACAAUAUGAGAUGCCAAAGAUGGGAAAUAAUCUUGCUCUUCAGCUUUUUUGUCGGCAUGCCUUUGGUACAGACUUUCCUUCGAAUAAUUAUCGAUCACGUUCAAGUGAUAUUCUCUCACUCUUGGGAGGGCUCCCUUUGGCAAUUAAAGUGGUUGGUUCAUUACUUAAGGGAAAAGAUGAUUUUUUUUGGAAUGAGACGUUGGAUAGGUUAAGAAAGGUACCUGAGAAAGAGAUUCAAGAGAAGCUGAAGAUUAGCUAUGAUGGCCUAGACGAAUAUCAGCAACAAAUUUUUCUCGAUAUAGCAUGUUUCUUUUCCAAUGAGAAAAAGACCGAUGCAAUUUACAUGUGGACUGAUUGUGAUUUAUAUCCCCAAAGAGGAAUUCAUGUCCUUACUAGUAGGUGCUUGAUAAAGAUAUUAGACAAUGACACAUUUUGGAUGCAUGAUCAAUUAAUUGAAUUGGGAAGACAACUUGUUCGUCAAGAAAGUCCAAGUGACCUUGGAAAGCAAAGUAGGUUGUGGAUUGCAGAAGAGGCUCUCAAAAUUGUAAAAGCCCAAGAGAAUAAGGACAAGGUGGAAGCGCUUGAAAUUCGAGGAUGGAAUGACUCCAUAGAGAUUACAAAUGAAGAGUUAGAGAGGUUACAAAACCUGAGAUUCCUCAAGUUACAUAAUGGAACUUUUGUUGGAGACUUUGCAAUGUGUCAUUUAAAGUUGAGAUGGAUUUCUUGGCAUUCUCCCGAUGAGGAUUUUAGGGCAGAGAAUAUGUAUUUGGGUCAUCUUCUUGUUUUUAAGUUGGACGCUAGUGGCUUCGCAGAUAAUUCAAAAGCAUGGGACUUGAUCAAGAUGGCACAAAAAUUGAAAGCUCUAUCUCUUACUUGGUGUUAUCGCAUAACAAGAAUUCCAAACUUAUUUGAAUGCUUGGGUUUAGAGAGGUUGAAUCUUGCACACUGCGAUAGGCUAAUAGAAAUUGGAAACUUCAUUGGAGAUCUACGGUCGUUGAUUGAGUUAAAGAUUGAAAACUGCAAUGGUCUUACAAAUUUGCCUAAAAAAGUGGGGGCACUAGUGAUGCUUAAGUGCUUCUCAUUGUCUGGUUGUUCUAGGUUGAGAGAACUUCCAGACUCACUUGGGAAUUUAACCUCAUUGAUAGAGUUAGACUUAUCAUGUACAGGCGUUGCCAAGCUUCCAAACUCCGUUGAAAAGUUAAAGUCAUUACGCAUAUUGCGAUUAUCAAAAGAUGGAUUACUUUCUCAGGAGCAUCAUGUUUGGUGUUUACCUAGUGGCAUUAGUGUUUUGGAAAAUCUUGAAGAGCUAGAUCUCUCCGGGCAUGAUGAAAUGGAAGGUGAAAUUCCUAUAGGAAUGGGAGAUCUGUCACGUUUAAGAAUCCUAAAUUUAGAGGGCACUCGUAUUUGCAAAAUUCCAAGGACAAUCAACAUGCUUCACCUCCUCCAAACACUAAACUUAAGAGGUUGUCAUGUGAUCAAAGUGGUGCCAGAACUUCCCACAAGUUUGACUUGUCUACUCAUUGAAUCUAGAUCAUUGCUCUCGGUCCCCAAUCUGUCAAACCUUACUAAUUUGGUUGAACUGCUACUAAGUGAUGGCUCUCGUAACAUAGGCAAAUCAAAUCUAAUCACAGGAUGCAACUUGUGUUGGAUGGGGAGGCUAUCUAGGUUGAAAAGGUUAGAUUUAAAUUUGUUAAAUUUCCCUGCACCUUCAGAGUUGGUUUCUCUUUCUCAUCUGGAAGAGCUUACCUUGUCUCAUCUAGCCCUAGAAACUCUUAAGGAGCUUCCCUCCUCUCUGCUGAAAUUGAUUGUUAAAUUCUUUAGCAUCAGGAUGGCAGAGUCACUUCCCUCUUGCUUGAUAUUGAGCAAUUUGUCGACUUUAGAGUUCUACUCUGCUGAAGUGGAAAACAUUCCACUCGAUGGACUUCCACAAUUGGAGACCUUAAUCAUUCACGAUUGUAAACUGCUUCAGAGAUUGUUCAUUCCGUUGGAAUUAGGAAAGCUACGGCAAGCAUGUGUGGCUUGUUGUCCAGAGCUAGUUGCGAUAGAAGUUGCGGAUCUUUCAAAAUCAUUGGAAUUCUUCUCCAUUUUACGGUGCAUAUCUCUGAGAAGAGUGAAUGGCCUAAACAAGCUAAAGUCUCUACGAUACCUGAAGGUCAAAGAGUGCAUGUCAAGUUUGAUUGAUGCAUCUUGCACAAAUCUAGCAGAUAAGUGCUACGUUGUUAUAGAGUGUGGAUACUCUAUCAAAGGUUAUGCUGCGAGCUUCCAAUUUGGAAAAUCUACGAAGCGUUACAAAAAGGCGACCCUUCCGGAUACAUCAAAUAAGGACAAAGAAGGCGGCGGCUGCCACAAGGAGGCAGAGAUCAUCGGCGGAUGGGGAAAGUGGAAGGCCAGAGGAUGGAGUUUCGGGGGCAUGCGGCUAUGCGGGACAUCUUCAGGGGUCAUCCCUGGUUCAGAACUCGGCCUCCGGGAAGGACUCGCAGGUCGUGAUGGACCAGAAGAAGAGGAAGAGAAUGAUCUAGAACCACGAGUCCGGAUGAGGAAGCAGGAGCACCUGGACAAACUGCCGGAUCAGGUCGCCCAGCUGAACAAGGAGAAAACACCGGAUCGGGACCAACAUCAACAUCACCGCACAGGCACAGCAUUACUUGAGCAUUUAGGCUGA